UUGAACACGUGGCUCAUUCAAAAAGCCGGACACUCGGAGCGGCUGCCCCCGCCCCGCUCCCCUCGCCGCUGCCAGUCACCCCUCGGGGUUUUUUUACGGGGAGGCGGCGCCUGCCCCACGUAGUGUGAUAUUUUCACAGCCCGCUGGCCGCUGCCAAAGGGGUUGGGGAGGAAGAGACAAAAAGUAGUUUCCCCCCCGCGCCUCCUCCUUUCUCUCGCUAAUCCCGCCUCCUCCCCAGAGUUAGGAAGACUCGACGCUGGGCUCGUCGCUAGGCUGUUUCUUUCUCUCUCUUUUUUUUAAUACCCAGAAGAGGAAAAAAGGACCCUGGGAUCUGGUUUUCGCCCGCCGCUCCCGUGCCUGGGUCACUGUGUGUGGGUUUGAAAGCCGAGAGGAGAGGAACAAAAUCCACCGGCUUCAUCCUCCGCCGUGGGUGCUUUUUUUUUUAAAUUGAGCAUUUUCCUCGGGUUUUUAAAACGACCCCUCUUCACAAUGAAUAAAUUGUACAUCGGGAACCUCAGCGACCACGCCGGCCCCGCGGACCUGGAAAGUGUCUUCAAGGACGCUAAGAUCCCGGUGGCCGGCCCCUUCCUGGUGAAGACGGGCUACGCGUUCGUGGACUGCCCGGACGAGGGCUGGGCCCUCAAGGCCAUCGAGGCGCUUUCAGGUAAAAUGGAACUACAUGGGAAACCGAUGGAAGUUGAGCACUCCGUCCCUAAACGGCAGAGGAUUCGGAAACUUCAGAUACGAAAUAUCCCACCCCACUUACAAUGGGAGGUGCUGGAUAGUUUACUAGUCCAGUAUGGAGUGGUGGAGAGCUGUGAGCAAGUGAACACGGACUCAGAAACAGCAGUUGUAAAUGUAACCUAUUCCAGUAAGGACCAAGCUAGACAAGCCUUAGACAAAUUGAAUGGAUUCCAGUUAGAGAACUUCACCUUGAAGGUUGCUUACAUCCCAGAUGAAACUGCUGCCCAGCAAAAUCCCUCCCCUCAGCUCCGAGGGCGCCGGGGGCCAGGGCAGCGGGGCUCAUCCAGGCAGGCGUCUCCAGGAUCAGUGUCCAAGCAGAAACCCUGUGACCUGCCUCUGCGCCUGCUGGUUCCCACCCAGUUUGUUGGAGCCAUUAUAGGAAAAGAAGGUGCCACCAUUCGCAACAUCACGAAGCAGACCCAGUCUAAAAUCGAUGUCCAUCGUAAGGAGAAUACAGGGGCCGCGGAGAAGUCCAUUACUAUCCUCUCUACCCCUGAAGGCACCUCUGCAGCUUGUAAGUCUAUUCUGGAGAUUAUGCAUAAGGAAGCGCAAGAUAUAAAAUUCACAGAGGAGAUCCCCUUGAAGAUCUUAGCUCACAAUAACUUUGUAGGCCGUCUCAUUGGUAAAGAAGGAAGAAACCUGAAAAAAAUUGAGCAAGACACGGACACUAAAAUCACAAUAUCUCCAUUGCAGGAACUGACGCUGUACAAUCCGGAGCGCACCAUUACAGUUAAAGGCAAUGUUGAGACAUGUGCCAAGGCUGAGGAGGAAAUAAUGAAGAAGAUCAGGGAGUCUUACGAAAAUGACAUCGCUUCCAUGAAUCUUCAAGCACAUUUAAUCCCUGGAUUAAAUCUGAAUGCCUUGGGUCUGUUCCCACCUACUUCAGGGAUGCCACCUCCCACCUCAGGGCCCCCUUCAACCAUGACUCCUCCCUACCCACAGUUUGAGCAAUCAGAAACAGAGACUGUGCACCUGUUUAUUCCCGCCCUGUCCGUUGGCGCCAUCAUUGGCAAGCAGGGACAACAUAUCAAACAGCUUUCUCGUUUUGCAGGAGCUUCGAUUAAGAUCGCUCCAGCCGAAGCACCAGAUGCUAAAGUGAGGAUGGUGAUUAUCACUGGACCACCAGAGGCUCAAUUCAAGGCUCAGGGAAGAAUUUAUGGAAAAAUUAAAGAAGAAAACUUUGUUAGUCCUAAAGAAGAGGUGAAACUUGAAGCUCACAUCAGAGUGCCAUCCUUUGCUGCUGGCAGAGUUAUUGGGAAAGGAGGCAAAACGGUGAAUGAACUCCAGAAUUUAUCAAGUGCUGAAGUUGUUGUCCCCCGUGACCAGACACCUGAUGAGAAUGAUCAAGUUGUUGUCAAAAUAACUGGCCACUUCUAUGCUUGCCAGGUUGCCCAGAGGAAAAUUCAGGAAAUUCUGACUCAGGUAAAACAGCACCAACAGCAGAAAGCUCUGCAGAGUGGACCACCUCAGUCAAGGCGGAAGUAAAGGCUCAGGAGACAGCCACCACAGAGGCAGAUGCCAAACCAAAGACAGAUUUGCUUAACCAACAGACGGGUGCUGACCCAUCCAGAAUCACAUGCACGACUUUUUACCUAGCUGGUUAUUUCUGAGGACCAGGCAACUCGAACUCCUGUCUCUGUGAGAAUGUAUACUUUAUGCUCUCUGAAAUAUAUGACACCCAGCUUUAAAAAAAAAAAAAGAAAAAAAAAAGUGGGGGUAGGGAAAGAACUCUGCACUUCCCUUGUGAUAUCAAAGUAUAACAAACAUGCUAAUUUUUCUUAAUAUCCCUCCAUAAUGCCAGAAAUUGGCAUAAAUGGUACAUUCACUAAAUUUGUCAAAUAAAUUUAAAACUAGAUCGUUCCUAAGUCCAAUUGUUGAAAUUGGAUCAAAGUAGAAUUGUCACAGGAACACAACAUUAAGCCAUUAGACUAGAAGAGCUGUUGUUUCCUGUUUCUCUAACACUAACAUGGAUAACCUAAGGGAAGCGCCAACCGCUGUUGGCGGGGUAUUAAACGUGCAUUUUUACUCAACUACCUCAGGUAUUCAGUAAUACAGUUAAAAGCAAAAUUAUUCCUUUUUUGAAAAUUUUAUAUACUUUAUAAAAACUCCAACCGUUUUUUUUUUAAAAAAAAUAAAAUAAAAUUUAACAGUUAUCAGCUGAUAGGCAAGUAACUGAAAAAGUCUGGCUGGUGAAAGUAAAGUUGGAAAAAUAAUUUUGCAUUUUUUGAGCCUUUUGACAGUAGUUGGAAAGUCCACUAAAUGUUCAAAGAUAAGGAGCAGUGCCUAUUCUCGGAGAGCAGCCAUGCCAUGUGUUCCUUUGUUCAUGUUUGGGAAGGUUGUUGAUGGUACUGACCGAGCAGAGUGGUGGUAGGGUCUGGGACAGCUAGUGUAAAGGGCUCCAGAAGACUUGGGGAUUUGUGUUUAGCUAUGUGUGGGAAUUUGGAAAUGCUUUGUGCUUUGACUGUCACCAUGAAAAUGGAAGCGUGUCAGUGAAGAAAUUCAGAAUUUAAACAAUCAGCUUGAGUUUGUUGCACAGGAUGCUCAGCUUGCCAGCACACUUGAGAUCAGACCACACUCUGAGCAGACGUGGAAAGAAGUGCUGUGUGAAGACCAGGCGGAGUCAGGUGGUGUGACAAGGGCUGAAGGGCAACAAAAGCCCAAUCCUGUGCCUGGCACUGUCAGGAGCCUAAGCUAUUUUGAAGAUUUUUUUAAAGCAGUGGGAAGAAUGAAGUCCACCAAAAAUCUUCCAUGAAAUGUAGCAGAGUUUCUGUCUGCCCUGCAGUUACCUGACAGUGAGUCAAGGUAGGGGAUGAAGCAAAUGGCUUUGGGGAUUCAGACUGUGGAAACAUCUGACGUCCCCUUUACCCUUCCUUAACUUAGGGCAAAGCCCUGUCUGGAUACCUGUGGGUGGGUGUGGUCCUCAAGGCCAUGCUGCUUUCUGAACUGUUUUGUUGUUUUGUUCUACGGUGGUUAUAGUCGUGUUACACUGACCUUGAGGGCAUUCUGUCACCCUUCAGAAAGUCACUUCGCCUCAUUUGUGUUUCAGGAUUAACUUCUACAUGCUUUUAUGUUUUUCUGAAUAUCAGCAUAUCAUUUAGAAAAUGAAUUCCUAAACAUUUUCAUAAAACCAGUCUGUUUUGUAGUUUUAGCCAAAAAGUGCCCCUUUUUACAACUGAAUUCAUCUAGCAUUUUCAUAUGAUGGAUUUAAACUGCUUAAAAAAAAAUGUGACCUGCUCUCCUGCUUGGAUCUCAGGGGAGAUAUGCUUACGGCCAGAGCUCUUCCUCGGUAUUUGAUUUUUCCAGUGUUUGUUUUUUAAAAACUGACAGGUGCUACAUUUCUAUCUGUUGGUUUCAAUUCUGCCAUAUUUCAUGUCUAGCCUUUUAGAGUGGCCAAUCAUGUUUUACUUUCACUUAAGCACUGGUGGUCUGGAGUACCUGGUACUGAGUAUCUCUAUAAUUGUGUUUUGUGUUCAUCAUAUACAGAUCAUUUCUCAGCUGUAGUGUGCCCCAAAUGCAGCUUCAUUUUCCAGGUACCCUGAUGCAGAAUAAAGUUUUCAUCAUAAGCCACA